CCCUUACAUUCUUGUUUUAUUCUUCCUAGAUCUGGCUAUCUUAUGGUUUUUCCUUUGGUUCUGUACUAUGGGAUAACCUUCUCUAUUUUUGAAUUGGAAUUUCUCUAAGCCUUAUCUGAGAUGGUUCUCGCCGUCGGGGGAAAAGCGGGAAAAAAAAGAAUAAAAAGAAAAUCAAAGUAUAUAGUGUAUAAUUCCUCAUAAUUUCAGUUCCCAACCACCUGCAAGUUUCCCCCCUCUUCUUACGCCUUUUAUUUUUUUUUUCUUACGGCCCUCUCAUAGUAGACGUCCCAAACACUCUAAACGCCUACCUUCCCCCUCCUUCACCUUUUUUUUUCCCUUUUCCCUCCACAGACUUCCCGAUUUCCCUGACCAGUAGAUCCUCAACUUGUAUAGGAGCUCCAUCUUUUCCUCUUUUUAUUAAUUUUUUAUUAUUUUUUCUUCUCUUUUUUUCUUUACCACCAUUUUUUUUUUAUUUCCUCCCCCCCCCUCUCUCUCCACCCUAUCCGCUAUUUCCAAGAUUCCCAUUCCCACCCCCCUUUCCAAGUUGCUGUAGUGUACAGAUCGUGGGUAUCAGGUCUUAUUUGACUUACCCACUUUUCACACUCUUCCCGAAGUCUGGUUCUUUCUGGUUCACCCACCGGCCAAAAUCCAUUCAAUGCCAGUGCCAGCCGUGAGCCAUUACCGAGAAGAAUCUCUUCCAUACCUUGGCCCUUCAGUUCCUACCUCUACUCCUCCUCCCUCUACAACUCGCUUUCGAGCCUCCUCUUCCACCACCAGCUUUCCCCCUACGACUGAUCCGCCUACCUCCUCGACCACCACCUUCACUGGGUCAGUCGUCGGCUCGAUCUCCCGCCGCAACCGUCGCUCUUUUGCUGCCUUGGCCCAGAAAACCUCCAGUGCCCUAGCAAGCCUGUCGACCAUUUCCACUAGCUCGCAACCUCCCACAUACAACACCCCCGCUACACUGCGCUCCUCCAACUCCUCGGCGAGCCUGUCCAAACUCACCAAAUCGAGCACCUCUACUCCCUUGACCCCGCCACUUGACGGAGAUCCCUACGAGCAAUUGCCUGCCUCGCGCUCGGUUUCCCCGGAAUCCCACUUACAAAGACGGCGCUUGACGCUGCAGCGCGUCCCGACCCCCCCUCACGACCUUCGCCCCGUUGCUCCGGGCGCUGCGCCAACUGCGCCUCCCAAGAUGCACCAGACUUCGUCGAGAUUGUUGCGCAUGACCGAGGAUGAGCGCCCUUUCACCAAGGAUUUUAUGGACUUGUUCUCCACCUUGAUGGUGAGUUUGAAGUUGGAUUCCCACCGGGUCCGCUUCACGAGAUAUGACCACACCUUCACCUCGGAGGAAGCGAUCAACAAUUUGGGAUCUCUCAAAUUCUCCCAGUCCAACCGUAUGCCGGACCCUAAGGACCCUUCGCGCAUUGUGACCACUACAACGACUACGACAUUCUCCAUGGCCAAGGAAAUGGCGCGGUCCGUCUGCCAGCGCUUUGUGGAUGCCCGCUUUAUCGAGGCCGUCGAUGGCAAGGCUCUGCCGAUCUUCCCGCUCAAGGGCGCCCUCUUCCAACUCACCCCGAAGGGUAUCAACAUUCUGCAGCGCUUUUGCCAGCGCAACGGAAUCACCGCUCGUCACGUGAUGGACGUGCUGGAAUCACCGCGCAAUACGAUGCAAUUGGUGAACUUGGAGCGAGACACGGAUUCCGAUAAGUUGUCGCAUGAUCGCGCCACGAUCGAGGUGAUCUUCCGCCGGUUCGCAGGACAGGAUGGCCCCAACAUCAAGAGCAGCAUUUCCACGUCAGACUCCGACUCGCUGAGUGACUACUCGAACGGUAUCAUUGGAGUGAAAAUGGCGCGAGAGCGCAAGUUGCACGAUGGCAAGAUUUACACCAACACGUUUACUGGAAAGGGCGCGGUGGAUUGGUUGAUGGACUGUUCAACCACUAUCGAACGCCGAGAGACUUGCCUAAUUGCCGAGCUUUUCCUCAAGUAUGGCUUGAUUACGAUGAUUCAGGACGACAAGUCCUACCCCGACUCCAACGCCGUGUUCCAGCCUUCCAAAUACGCUAUCUACUGCAUCACCGAGCGUGGCCAGCGCGUGUGUGGAUGGAUCGCUCGCGACAAGCCUCGCGACAACUCCGGCACUUACGACAACCGCGGUAUGCCCCGGGAUUCCAACAACGCUCGUCUGACCCACAUCCUGCAAGACCCCGCCCUUCGUCUCCUGUUCCGCGAGUUCCUGCGCUACUCUCUGUGCGAAGAGAAUCUGGCUUUCUAUCUCGACGUGUCCGAGUUCACUGCCAACUACCACAAGGCCGAGAAGACUGGCACUUUCAACAAGGUGGAUUCGGUUCGGGAAACAUUAGCCGCUGCUUAUGGUCUGUACAACGCGUUCCUGGCCCCUGGGUCACCUUGCGAGCUGAAUAUCGACCACGCCCUACGCAACAGCUUGGCCAGCCGUAUGACCAAGGCUGUUGGUGACGACGAAUCCAUGUACAAGAGCCUUCAGGAGGUUGUGCAUCUCUUUGAGCUUGCACAGACUUCCGUCUUCAAGCUGAUGUCAAGUGACUCCGUCCCGAAGUUUCUUCGUGACCCCAAGUACUCCGUGGUCCUGCAGGAACACGACGUCGACAUCUUCGGCGGCUCGCGCUCCUACUCUCCUACCCCGGGCCUCCCGGAACGAAGCAUGAGCCGGUCUGCUCGUUCAUGACAAUCACCGCGAGCCAGCAUUGACGCUUUCACCCGACCGGCAAGCAGCAACCGGUUCCCUCGUCGUGAUUCAAAUGUCACAGUUCGUCUCACGCCUAUCGCAAGCUCUUCUUCCAUCAUUACUCCGGCCCCUGUUAUCUUCUAAUCAAGAAAUGGGCUCCAAGCUUCAACGCCUUUCUGCAGGUCUCGAAGACUAGAGUUUCGCGGAUGCGUGUCCGGCCAAUUGUGGUCUGCCCGCUCCCGUUUCUUGUGCGACUGCAACGCGGGAAUCCCACCGCGCCGGGGGGCCUGUUCUUGCGCCCGACGAUGGGAUUUUAGGAUGAAGGAAGUCGCAUGGCACGGAUGUGUUGGAUCAAGCGCCAUGGGUCUGGACCCGAUCAAACGGGUCCUAGGACAGGACCCCCUUUUUUCUCGAACCUACACGAUUUUCAGACCAACCCUCGUCACGAUUCGCUUCCGACCUUGGAAAAAAAAGCUUCCAUUUUCUCCCUUCUCUUUGUCUUGUCUUGCUUCUUCCUUCACAUGGCGUGUAGCCCGUCGGGCGUCUGCAUCCUGCAUCCUGCAUCUGCAUCUCGACUUGCGCCUCGUUCCAUUCCCCGGACGCCCCCGUUCAGUCUUUUCCCCGGGUUAUUUCCUUUAAUUUCCCUCCCUCGACACGCAUUUCAUUUUACGUCACCAGACGAAAGACGUUACGAUCGAUCGAUGCCUCAUGUUAUAGAGAAGGCCGGAAUUUUGUUUUUCGUUUGGGACUCCUUGUAAUAUUUUGCAUGAUGUCUUUCUUUUUUGAUCCCUCUUCCUCUCAUUAUCCCCCAAUUGCAUACACCAUACUCAUUCCACCAGCGUUUGCUUUACCACCACACCUGGUACGAAAUCCGGAAUGGUGACAAAAUCAAGAAAAAAAAUUAUGAAUGCAUACAAAGACUGGUGGUUCUACUCGAUCUACUACGCUUUACUUUUGCUUUGUGUUGUUUGAGCAUCAGAUACGGCGUUUUUCACUCCCAAACACAUGCAUGCUUAUCACACUCCCAUUGUUGUCUUGUUUUCUCCCUCGUACACGACCCUCCCCUCCCUCCUCAACGAGCAUCGAUUCUUGUUUUGUUUCUCUUGUUUCUAGUCUAUUUUUUUUUUUCUACAUUUCUGUCCAUGUUGAUCUCUCCAUUCGUGGUACUGCAUUGUUUCCUUUCUGUGGGCACAGCGUGUGAGUUCUGGCUUUUUGCUUUCAUAUUUAUCUGUCAUAUUAUUCAAACUUCCCCCUUUUGGGAAAGCCAAUGGACAUGACUCGAACAUUUAAACUUCUCUCUUUCUCUACUGUAGUCUCUAUUCCGGGGAGUCGCUAGACGGGGG